AUGACAUCUUUCUUUUCUCUGCCUCUGGAGCUUCGCCUUGAGAUCUACUCUCUGCUUGUUCAGGACGAACCGGUAGAACAGUAUGGGGAGGAUAAAUUCAUGUCUGUGGAGAUGACAACCCACCCUAUUCUAUAUGUCAAUCACCGUGUACAAGAAGAGUCCGCCAGUGCAAUCUUUGGACGAGGGUCAUGGGUGCAGGACUGUCCAUCUAGAACCCUAGCUGCCUUUGAGAGGAUGACUUUCGUAAUUAAACAUGUCAAAAAGCUGGCUAUUAAAUUACAGAUGCAUCACAUUCUGGGGGCGCCGUUGAACGACCAAGGGUUCUUCGACUCGGACGGAUACCAUUGGGAAGGUCCUAUGCAGAAUAGACAAAUCUUUGAAGAUAAUCUUACGAGGCUCUUGGAUUUUCUGAAAGAGGCACAAGGCUUGCAGUCACUAGAGGUGCUUUGGGGGGAAUGCUACGUAUUCCGAGACCGAGGACUGGCAGAACUUCGUACAGAUGGCGCGUCGACACAAAAGGAACACCACGGGCAGGCCGGCACGUUGACGACAGACGGACUGAAAGACAUACUCGCGCGUCUUACUAAACUCGAUCCUUCUUGCAAUCUUUCCCUGGGUAAAUGUUGGGUGCAAGUGAUUGAUGCGCCUGAGUACGCCAUCCAGAGUCUCGAAGACUUUUCACUCAGACAAUAUCGACGAGCUGUCUCGGGCACCGUCAAGCAAAUCAUUGAGCAACGAAAGACGGCAAUGUGA